GUACCUCAACUACCUCACAAAAUCCAUCAUACGACCCCGGGUUUCGCCCAGCAAGUCCUCCUCGACCAAUACCUUUCAUCGCUCCCGUUCCCAAUCCUUCUUCUUCACGUCGAGCUGGUGACUACCGGGGAGAUACAAAUCCCGCAUCGUAUUGGAACGAUGGUGCUGCAUGGGGUCCAUCAUAUGCCGUUCCGCAUGCAUAUGCUGGGUUCCGUCAUGCAUAUGGGGAUCGAGGGAUGAAUGGGAUUGAAUGGGAUGGGUUGGCGGGUUUGUUGAAGGAUCAUGAUCAAGCGAAGGUCGAGAGUUGUAACAAUGAUAUAGACUCGCUCUUGAUUCUUACUGGUCUAUUUUCUGCUAUUGUUGCAGCGUUCACGAUCGAAUCAUACAAGAACCUACAACCAGACCCAUCUCCUGCCUCCGCCACGCUUCUUGCACAACUGGUCCUCCACUUUAAUGGUACCGCAGCACUUGAAGCAACAGGUUUUUCACCGUCCCCGCUCUUAUCAGAAGCAGCAUCAUUAGACGUCCUUGUGAACUCCUUCUGGUUCGUCAGCCUGUUAUGUACGCUUAUGACGGCAUCCAUAGGCAUCUUUAUGAAGACGUGGCUGCGCGAUUACCUCAAUCUAAACUGUUCUUCUGCCGAGGAACGGAUACGAGUGAGGCAGGUUCGCCAUGAGGCACUCGUUCGGUGGAGAGUCUUUGAACUGGCAGCAUUCCUACCUCUUCUGCUACAACUGGGAUUACUCCUCUUCCUUAUUGGACUCGCUUUGUUCCUUCGACCUAUCAACAUCAUCGUAGGCUGGAUUAUGAUAGUGGGCACGAUUAUCUGGGUUGCUGCUUUAGCGUUCAUCAUCAUUAUGCCCUUCUUUUCGGCAACAUGUCCUUAUCAACUCGCGUUCUUCAAGCAGACAGCGGAGUACCUUAGAGGUCUGCUUAUCCAACUUCGUUAUGGCCCGGUUUGGAGACAGAAACUGGGAUAUGAGAAUCCUUACUAUCGUUUUCCUGGAGAUGAACGAGGAAUUCGUCGAGAACAACGAUUGAAUGUGGAGGCCGUUAUUGGUGCGGAUGCUUCGCUCAAUGAUAACGCGAUACUGGAGCAAACACUUCAAGUUUGCGCGCAGUCAUCUGGCUUGAAAAGUACCCUCAAAUUUACAAGGCAAUUGAUCGCGCAUCGGCUUGAACGCCCAAUCACCAAUUUGAAGCAAGUCAAGUCGGAUGACUUCACGUCCAUUCCAAGACUGGUGUUGGAUGUCCUGUUUAAUAUCCUAUGUGACUCUAUCAGCGAGCACGUCAAGAACGAUGGGCUCAUUGGCCCUGCUCCGGACGAUGCACCGCCUAGCAAGAGCAAAAAUCAACAGGACGAUCUCAUUGAGCUUGUUUCCUGUUUCUACACUUUAGUCGAUCAUUCGGUAAAGUCAAAACGGUCUAUGUACCUGCAUACGUGGCCGCGCGUGACCAGCGUGAUCACCAGUGGUUCACUUCCAGACGUUUUUCUCGAGCCCAGCUCAAACAUGUCACCAGGUCAGCAGGAUUCUGGCGCGCGAGAGUUGCUGAAGCUUAUGAUAGACUGUCCGAAUAUCAUGAUCCAAGGGAAUGACUAUGAGUCUAAGAAUGCUGUGAAGAGUUUGUUAGACGCUGCUAGCACCUUAACACAUUCCUUUAAUGGUGACAUGUCCGAGAGUCCUCGCGGUUUCUCCCUCGCACGCGCCGUCUUCGAGCAUCUUGGUCGCACACCGGCCCAAACUCUGCAGGAAUGCAUUCAGGACCUGGCCAAGUUCAAUGGCUCGCUCGUAUCAAUGAUACAAGCAUCGCACGUCGUGGCAGAAUUUGAUGCCGAAAAGAAUACCACAAUUAGCUGGGACGUACAGCGAGCUCUGGUGGCCGCAGAAGACCUGAAUUCGCGGAUGCCUGGACUUGUCGGUGAAGAAGUAAUCGCGCUGCUGAAGCGUAACUGUCCGCUUGAGUACAAGACCGAUGGAUCCAUCCGGAAUGGCUCGUGAGAGCCGUCGAUAUUUUUCCGACAUGCUCAGCGAGUCUGGAGACUUGCUAGGAUCGGUCUGGGUGUCGAUCUUUGUCCUCAUCUAAUCAAAUUAUUUUGCCAUCGCUACAAUAUCACUACGGAUACGUGUGACGCUUUCUGGCGAUUCUGGAGACCAAUGCUUGUGAUUGUUGCUACAAGGAUGAAAGUUUUGAAUGGAUCGCAAAACAAAUCGCCACGUAUUUU